AUGGAUCCGAUAACCGACUUCCUGGAAAACGGUAAGCUCCUUGAUGACAACAAAGCGCUGAGAAAAGAGGCGGCCAAGUAUACAAUUAUACAAGGCCAGCUGUUCAAAAAAAGGGCUGAGCCUACCCCUGUUGAAGUUCCUACGCCCCGACUAAACGGACUAUGUGUUAAGCAAACUCCACGAAGGGUGUUGCGGCCACCAUAUAAGGCCUUAGCUCAGAAGCUUUUCAAGGCCGGCUACUAUUGGCCCUCAAUGAUGUCGGAUUCCCAAGAGUUUGUAAAGAAAGGCAGGAAAUGCCAGGAAAAUGCCAACUUUCACAAAGCGCCAGCGGUGGAGUUGAGCCUGCUGAUGGCCUCUCGGCCAUUCUCCGAGUGGGAUGUCGAGCUGCUGGGGCCUUUUCCAGUUGGACCUGGACAGGUCAAGUACCUAAUUGUGGCCAUCGACUUUUACACCAAGUUGGUGGAGGCCGAGCCGUUGGCCAGCAUAUCCUCGGCGAAUUGCCGAAAGUUUAUGUGGAGGCAAGUAAUCUCCAGAUUCGGAGUUCCUGAGGUUGUCUUCUCGGACAACGGAACACAGUUUGCCAACAAAAAGUUCGGAGAAUUCCUUGCCGGCUUAGGGAUAAAGCAGAAGUUCUCAUCUGUCGAACACCUCCAAACCAACGGCCAAGUCGAAGCAGCAAACAAGGUCAUCCUACAAGGUCUUAAAAAGCGACUUUGCCAAAAGAAAGGAGCCUCGGCAGACGAACUAGCUUCGGUCCUAUGGUCCUAUCGCACAACACAGCAAUCCUCCACCGGGGAGAUGCCCUUCCGACUCACUUACAGGGUCAACGUGAUAAUACCUGUAGAAAUUGGGGAACCGAGCCCACGACUACUCUUGGGAGGAGUCGAGGAAGCCGUGGAGAAGGACUUAGUAGAUGAAACUAGAGAGAUAACCCACUUGUCAGAAACGGCGUUGAAACAAAGAAUAGCCCCACGUUACAACGCCCAAGUGCUAAAAAGAAAUUUUGAGCCAAACGACCUAGUCUUACGAUGUAACGAUGUGGGGAUGCCGACACCAGGGGAAGGGAAGUUAGCAGCAAACUGGGAAGGUCCAUACAGGAUAAAGGAAGUAGUCGGCAACGGAGCCUAUAAGCUGGAACGACUAGGCGGCAAGGAAGUUCCUAGAACGUGGAACGUGAGAAACCUAAGGAGGUUCUACUCCUAG